ACCAAUACGUGAAGUUGCUUAUAAACUAAAACCAUUUAUUUUAUACGGUUUAUGUAAUUAUGUUUAGUGUUUAUUAGACCAAUUUUAAUUGAGUACUAUUGAUUUAUUAAUUAGUAUUGACUUGAAUAUUUUAUCAGAUACGCAAAUCAAUUAAAUAUGUCUUCUAAUAAUUUUUUAACGGUGAAAACACAUUUAUCGGAUUUUAAAAAUAAUUCCGACAAAGAUACUGUGAGCGAGGCCUCUGAAAGUGGAACAAGUAACUCCGUGACGUCAGCAGAAGACCUACAGAAAUUAGCAGUGAUUCUCGGUCUAAACAGCGCUGAAGAUGUAUAUCAGGAAAGAUUUCGAGUUGACAGGCGUCGUUUGGAAGCCAUGUUGGCGGAAAACUUGGAAGAAUCCCAAACUGCGCAGGCUUUCUUUCAUCGGGUAAUGAAUGAAACUAAUACUUUGGUCAAUUGGCCCGCUCGUCUAAAAAUAGGCGCACGUUCGAAGAAAGACCCUCAUGUGAGAGUCGCAGGCAGGCCUGACGAUGUGAAGCUCGCAAGAGAGAAAAUUAUGCAGUUACUAGAUACCAGGAGUAACCGUGUCACUAUGAAAAUCGAUGUCAGCUAUACCGACCACUCGCAUAUCAUUGGAAAGGGAGGGUUGACAAUAAAACGCGUGAUGGAGGAGACGGGGUGCCACAUCCACUUCCCGGACUCGAACCGCACCAGCGCUGUGGAGAAGAGCAACCAGGUGUCCAUCGCUGGAGACAUGGAGCGUGUGGAGCGCGCACGAGCUCGCGUCAGGGCGCUGACUCCGCUGGUAUUCGCGUUCGAGCUGCCUGUGGUGCCGCCGUCGCAGCCGCUGCCGGACAUCUCCUCGCCUUACAUACAGCAGAUACAGGAGCAGUACAAUGUACAGGUGAUGCUGCGCAGCCGCCCCAAGCUCCACGCGAACCUGGUGGUGGUAAAGGGCGUGGCGUGGGAGCCCCAGCCCACCAUGCACGCCACCACGCUGCUCAUGAACUACAUGUGCGGGGCACACGCUAACCAGACCAAAGUGCAGAUGUCUCUGGAGAUCUCCCCGAUGCACCACGCGGCGGUGGUGGGGCGCGGCUCAGACCAGCUCAAGGCCAUCAUGAAGGGCACGGCCGCGCAGGUCAUGUUCCCGGACGCCUCCGACCCCAACACGCCGCCCAUCAAGAAGAGCCAAGUCACCAUCACUGGCCACAUCAAGGACGUUUACGCCGCUCGCCAGCAACUUGUGGGCUGCCUGCCCCUGGUGGUGAUCUUCGACGUGUCCGACGAGGCGUGCCGCGUGGAGAACGAGCUCGCGAACAAACUGAUGCACAAGUACAACGUGUACAUUAACAUCCGCCGCAAGCCCAAGCAGGGCAUCACCUCGCUCGUCAUCAAGGGCAUCGAGCGCUGCGCUGGCGACAUCUACGAAGCCCGCCGCGAGCUGCUCGGCGGCAAGGAACCGGUGAUCGCGGCAGAGAUACCAGAGUCAUACAACAUCCCCUCCUUGUCCAACCCUACUAUGCCCAACUUCGGGAUGUUCAACCCGUUCUCGCCCACCCACAACAUGGCCAACUCCCCAUGUUCUCCUUUCAACCUGCAACUUUCAGACUUAGCUGCGUAUAAUAACAUGGGGAGUCCUAUGUUCAAUAACCCGCCGACGCCUGGUGGGUACCCCAGUCCUUUGUCCCCAGUGGCCUUAACCCCCCCAGUGUUGGGCUGGAUGGUCCCGUCCCCACAGCCCAGGGCUGGCCAGUUCCACUACCCCAACAUGGUCCCGAACCCCAACUCUGUUAUGUACAAACAUCAAGGAGGAUCUUGGAACCCCAUGAACACCGCGUCGGAUAUGUCGAGCAUACAGCAGCCUAUGAUGAUGCAGCCGCCGUACCAGCAACCGCCCGUCGACCACAGACCGACGACCCUGAGCCAGCUGCUGAACUCGAGCUCGCAGGCGAGCAGCGGCUACCAGAGCAACUUCACCGGCAGCACCGUGUCACUUGACACGCAUAAUAUUUCUGGCGGGGAAGGCAGCAACGUGGUAUCUCCGUCCGUGUCUCCGAUCAGCAAGACUCACAGCCCCGCGCCGUCUAGCGAGAAUGAUCGCUCGCAACAAGAACUGGCGACCAUAAUAUCGGACCUGCCGCUGUCGGAGCGGCGCGCGCCGGGCUGCGAGAAGAAAACGCUGGAGACGUUAAACAAGAUGUCGCCCCUCGCCAACUACCGGAACAUGAAGGCCGAAGCCUCUAAGGCCAUGCGAGAAAAUGUUGGCAGUGGCUACCGAGUGCCUACAACCAGGUGGUCGGGGUACUACUUCAGUCAUACCUCUCCCGGGCCUAUCAAUCUGAACGAGAAUGCUACCAAUGAAGCUGUUACGCCUGAAAAAGGCUGGAACAGAUCGGAGCCGGUGCGCCCGAACAUUGUGGAGACUGCGCCCUCGCCGCCGCAGGCCUCCGCCAAGCCCUGCCGUUACCAGCAACUGUACGAUUUACUAAGGGAUAUCGGCUUGCAGAAGUAUAUUGAUCUAUUCAAGAAGCACGAGUUGGACCUGUCGACGUUUGCGUCGCUGAACGAGGCGGACCUCACCGAGAUCGGGAUCACGGCCUUCGGCGCCCGCAGGAAGAUGUUGCUGAUCAUCGCGGAGCUGCAAAAGCAAGCGGGCGCGCCGAAGAGUUCCCCUUCGAACGCUGAAAGGAAGCUAGUGAGUUCCCCCCCACAGUACAACACAGUUGCGCUGACGCAGGACAAGUGGUAGCAAGGUGGGGUCAAGAGGGUUGUUUUGGACUUGUAAUGGAGUUAUUGUUGACAUCAAUUGAAGAUUAUGAAGUCAUAAAAGUUAAAGUGGUAUAGCUUGUUCGCUUGCUUUGAAACAUCCGCAGGGUCUAAAAACGCCAGGCAAUUAAUUUAAAAUGCAAUAAGUAUUGUAAUUUGUUUCAGUUCCGCAUUUAAAAGUAAGUGCGCAAUGUCAAAUAGCCGUAUUGUUUUUUUUAUGAGAAUGGCUUCAAUUCGUUCUUUUUAACUCCCCCGCCGAGCUCUAUUCUGUCUUUCCUAGUAGUUAGGGCACUUUUAUACGAUUUUGGAGAGUUCCAAAAUCUUAUUAACGAAACAAAGUAAUCGAGUCAUGUUGACGUGGUUAAGGCCGGGUUUCCACUGACGCGGAGAAGAGCGGAGAUGUGCGGAUUUGACCAAUCACAGCGUUUGAGAGUCACUAUGAUUGGUCGAUUCCUGCACAGCUCCGCGUCAAUGGAAACGCAGCCUAAGGCAAGUCGUAAUUUAGUGCCAACCAUCGAAAUUAAUGUAAAAUCGUACCUAUUUAGACAUAACAGCCCUUCUGCCAAAGCAAACAAGGGACUAGUUUACUAUUCAGAGUGUCCUUACAUAAUUUCCAAAACAAUCCUCCUUAGACAACUGUAUGUAUGUUGUAUGUACUACAGUUGCGAGCGUUACAUAUGUAUACACUUUAGUACCAUGUCAUAUUCACUUAGUUUUUGUCAAAUCAAACUGUAAGUUUCAUUAACUGUCUAAAAUGUUAGUGCGAUAGAGUUCUAAAGUGGGUAUGUAUUGCUCAUGGCGCCACAGCAAUAUUUAUUCACGUUACGAUAAAAUUUAGAAGUAAUCUAAAGUGAAUAUUUCCUAAAUCGAAUAAUAUGCUCAAUAGUAUAGACUGAUGUUUAAAUAUAAUGUACUUUACACGUAAUUGUGUCAGAAAUUAUGUUCUAUGACGUCAUGAUCUCAAUAGACUGAUGAAAUAAAGUACAAAUUGAUCGAGACUGUUAGAGCAAUAAAUAGUCAUACGUUAUUUAAGCUCUCUGGUGGAAACUUGAUUUUAUGGUAUACAAGUAGUACCUACGCGAAAAAUAUGAUUUCUAACAGUGUUAAGUUGGAAACUGCGUUGCUAUGAUGUUAGCAAAGUAAUUUAGGGUAACGAGGACUGAAUGAUCUGCUUACAUGACAAAAUAACAAUCGAAAAUAUCUAGUAGACUUCAUAAUUUUCGUGGUUGUAGGCACAAUCGACUGCAAAAUGAGAAAAAUAUAAAAUAUCGUGGUGGGUAGUAAAUAAGUUUACACAUUUUCCAGGGAGCAGACAAAUGUGACUUAGAUGAGCUUUCUAUAUUCAAGCUGUUGAUUUAUACAUUGUGAGAUUUUAUAAAACGUAGCUCGUAAGUUGUUUAUUUUUUUUUAGAUUUUUUUUAUUGAUAGCUCAAAGCGAUACGACGAUUUGAUCUUAUUGAUUGCUGUGUUUACGCGAACAUUAUUUUGUUGGUGAAUUAUUUUUAUUCUAUAAGAUUUAUUAUUGUAAUUCCAGAUGUUUAGUGUAACUUGAUAUGUGACUGGGAAUAAACGGUAUCGCGUAGACAUGGCGGUAGACAAUUGUUGAAGUAAACGGGCCAAGCACCGUGGAAACUAGUUUGUAAGAAAAUGUACUUUAUUUUGAUGCAAUUUCGAUCGUAGUUGAGCAAAGCAUGUUUUAAUUUUCGAUUUUAAGCCGUCUACCAUUUUUACAUUACACCAGUUUCUAACAGACUAGUUACAUAUUUAUAUCGCCAAUGAUUAUAUCGCUACAGUUUUAACGUUUGAUUAUAGUAAUAUGAAAGUUCUUUUAUUUAUUUUUAUUAAUUUCUUUGAUCACCUGCCAAUUGAUAAAUUCCUUUUGAUAACAUAUUUUAAGAAUAUGAUUUAUAAAGGAGACAAUCACUAUUGGCGUUGACUAGUUUUUCUAAAAAUCAGCGUAUAUCAGAGUUUGUGAACAUUUUUGGACAGCACAAAGAUUUGACUUGAUUUUAAAUAGGACUUAUUAUGAAAAUAAACACAAACAUAUUCAGCAACCGCAGGAAUAUUGUGACUAACAAAUCGUAUCAGGGGGUCACGCCGGCUGGAACAUUUUAAUCAGUUAACAUUUUAUUAAGUAUAUCUCCAAUCAUUAUGUGUUUGUGAUUAUGAAUUUAAGUUUUUACUACAUUUUUUACAUGUGCAUUUCUGAUUUUAACCAUAUUAACAUGCUAAUUUAUUGUGAAUGCCUUAUGUGUUUAAAUUCAUGUAUUUGUGUAGUCGUAAGUAUAGGGUCCUUGUAGUAAAGUUUUGAUACAUAAUUUGAUUUUUCAUGCAGUUUAUUUUGUAAAAAAAUGUUUUUUAAAGAUCUUUAUCACCAUGAGAUUAUGUAUCAAGUAUUUUACUGGUUUAUAGAUGCCUCCAGAUCAGAAUGUAAUUGUUUUAAUCAUGAACUUAUGAUUUUGAUCAAUCUUUUUAAUGAUUGAGUUGAGACUUUCGUUUUAGUGAUUAUAUGAAGUAUUUGCUAAAAAUUAAUUCUAUGCAACAUAGUUGAGCUGAGUUUGUAUAAGAGUUGAUGCAUUGUAGUUUUGUUUUUAUUAAGAAGUUUUAUAAAGUUUUGCACGAUUGUUUUAAGUUUGCUUGGCCAAUUAAAGUUUAACCGUAUUUUAAA